AUGAUUGAUACAGCGUCAAAAGACCCAAAAGUCGACGACAUCCAAGAAUCUCUGUUUAAAUUCACAACAACUGACGAAUCCCGAUUCGUCCAGGAGAUCCUAAAAAUAUUCAUAUCACAACACCAACAAUGCCGAGACGACAAAGAAAUCCUCCAAGAAAUGCUGAAUUACAUUCGCGAAAUCAAGUAUCAUGAGAUCCUACUAUUCCUCCACAUUCAAGAACACCGGCACAACACAAACUUUCAUAGUCUCCUGGCGUUUAUGUACUACUGGGGCAUCGGAACUGCGAUCGAUCCGAAAAAAUCAUUCCUUUGGUAUAAAAAAGCUGCAGAGAACGGUGACGCAUUGGGACAGAACGAGUUGGGAGCGUGUUAUGGGAUGGGAAGAGGUGUGAAACAAAAUAAUGAUUUGGCGGUGCAUUGGUAUCGUAAAGCGGCACAUGGCGGGUCGGCGAUGGGACAGUUUAAUUAUGGAUCUUGUUUGGCUUAUGGGGAUGGUACGCCGACUGAUUGGGAUGCUGCUGAUUACUGGUUGAAUAAGUCGGCGGAAAACGGAUGUUCAAAUGCAUUAGAUUUACUCGGGUAUUUUUAUACGACUGGGAAGGGGGUACGAAUAAAAGAUGAAUGGCGUGGGUAUUUAUAUUUUAAAAGAGCUGCUGCCGCUGGACACUAUGGUGGUCAUUAUAAUAUGGCAGAAUGCUAUCAAAAAGGAGUUGGGGUUAAUAGGGAUUUGCAUCAGGCUAUUCGGAUGUACCGCAAAUCUUCAAAUGAGGGUUAUAUUUAUGCGAAAUAUCAAUUACCUUGUCUGUUUCGAAUCGAGUAUUGA